AUGUACAAAUUCUGGCGCAUGAUCGAGCACAGGGGCCCUGGAUUAAAGAGUCUCGGCGUCCAGCAUCGAUACGAUGUGACUCUUUUCAGCCAUUGGAACGGUCAAUUAUCGCGCCUACUUUCAAAAUGCCGGAAUGCGGAACAUCUUCGCUUACCACUGUCUAUCGAUGCCAUACGAUCUAACGCAUGGGAAGCGCACGAAGACGAAGACGAGGAUGGAGAAGAAGACGAAGACGAGGAUGGAGAAGAAGACGAAGACGAGGGCGGAGAAGAAGACGAAGACGAGGAUGAGUGGGAAGACGAGGAUGAAGAAGAAGACGAAGACGAAGGGGAAGAAGACGAAGACCCCUUCAAAGAUGAGGACGUUGAAGAGUUUAUGGCAAGCAGGGUUCUUUCACGCACUAUAACAACAUGA